AACUAUAUAAAUACAAGUUGAGUCAUUCAUGAAAUUCCCAUCUCAUAUCACAACUCUUUCCAUAAUCUCACAAUCACUUCUCAUAUAUCAUCAUGGUGGUUCUCACCAUCCUUUUGUUCAUACUAGUCACUCUUUUAUUUAAACUCCUAUAUGAAAACCUUUCAUGUUACCUUCUCACUCCACUUAGAAUCAAGAAAAUCAUGGAGAUGCAAGGCGUCCGCGGCCCGAAACCUCGGUUCUUCACCGGAAACAUCCUCGACAUGGCUUCCCUUGUUUCCAAAUCAACCUCACAAGACAUGAAAACUAUAAGCCAUGACAUUGUCGGUCGUCUUCUCCCUCAUUUUCUCCUCUGGACCUCCCAAUUCGGAAAAAGGUAUAUAUAUUGGAACGGUUCGGAGCCGAGAUUGUGUUUGACAGAAACAGAAUUGAUAAAAGAAUUUCUUUCAAAAUACAGUACAGUAUCUGGUAAAUCAUGGUUACAAAAACAGGGCUCAAAAAAUUUCAUUGGAGAAGGAGUUUUGAUGGCAAAUGGUGAAAAUUGGUAUCACCAACGUCACAUUGUUGCACCUGCAUUCAUCGGUGACAGACUUAAGAGCUAUGCAGGGCACAUGGUGGAAUGCACAAAAGAGAUGUUAGAAUCACUGCAAAAAGGGUUAGAGUGUGGAGAGAGUGAGGUGGAGAUUGGUGAAUACAUGACAAAACUUACUGCAGAUAUUAUUUCUAGAACUGAGUUUGGUACAAGUUACCAAAAGGGAAAGAAAAUAUUCCAUCUUCUCACACUUUUGCAGACUCGUUGUGCUCAAGCAAGUCGCCAUCUUUGCUUUCCUGGUAGCAGAUUUUUUCCAAGCAAGUACAAUAGAGAAAUAAAGUCAUUGAAAAUGGAAGUGGAGAAACUAUUGAUGGAAAUAAUACAAAGUAGAAAAGAUUGUGUGGAGAUUGGAAGAAGCAAUUCUUAUGGGAAUGAUUUGUUGGGAAUACUAUUGAAUGAGAUGAAGAAAAAGGAAAAUAGCUUAAAUUUGCAACUAGUAAUGGAUGAAUGCAAAACAUUUUUCUUUUCUGGACAUGAAACAACAGCAUUGUUACUCACUUGGACAGUUAUGUUACUAGCAAGUAAUCCUUGUUGGCAACAAAAGGUUAGAGAUGAAGUUAAAAGGGUUUGCAAUGCUGGAAUUCCUUCUCUUGAUCAACUCUCCAAGCUCACUAUGUUGCAUAUGGUAAUCAAUGAAUCAUUGAGGCUCUAUCCUCCAGCAUCUGUUCUUCCUAGAAUGGCUUUUGAAGACAUAAUAUUGGGUGACCUUUAUAUCCCUAAAGGGUUAUCAAUUUGGAUUCCUGUUUUGGCUAUUCAUCAUAAUGAGAAAUUAUGGGGUAAAGAUGCAAAUGAAUUCAAUCCAGAUAGGUUUACUUCAAAAUCAUUCAUUCCUAGCCGUUUUUUACCAUUUGCUUUUGGCCCUAGAAAUUGUGUUGGACAAACAUUUGCCCUAAUGGAAGCUAAGAUUAUAUUAGCCAUGUUAAUCUCUCGCUUUAGUUUCACGAUUUCGGAUGAUUAUCGUCAUGCGCCCGUGGUUGUGCUCACAAUUAAGCCUAAAUAUGGUGUUCAAGUUUGUUUAAAGCCCUUGGAGUCGUGAUAUGGGACAUUACCAAUGCUCAAGAGGUUGGAUUCAGAUGGAUCAAUUUAAGUCGGUCAAUAAAUAAUUUUAUUGCUGCAUUUUGUUGAUCUAAACCGCUAAAACUAUAUAACUCAUAACAUGAUUUGGACGAAGUUGAAUCUCAAGUCUCGAAUAUCUGUUCUUCAUCAGCAAUCGAGAUUAUGGAACACCUUGUAGUAUAAAGACGGUUAGGAUUUUGAGAAUUAAGAAUAGAGGAAGGGAGACUUUUUGUUUUUCUUUUAUUUUUAUCAUGCGGUAUGUGAGUUGGGGCAAUCUUGAUCUUGAUGAGCAAUUUUGUAAUUUAUUAUUUUAUUUUUAAUUUUUUUUUAUAAUGAAUAAUGGAGAUGAAAUAAAGCAAAGGUUAUUUAAUAUCAUGCAUGAUUUGAGUUAUAAAUUAGUGGGUCUACUAUUGGCACUCAAAUGUAACAUAAGAAAAAGAUAUGAAAAAAAGCUUUUUGGAUA